GGUCGGAUGGGCUCCACAUCUGCUCCGCACAGAAGCUACAUUUUCGGCGAAAUCGCCUCCGCAUCCAGAUUCUACGUAAUCAUCAUGUGCUCGAAGUCAGCCAGAGCACGUAAACACCAAACUUGAGGGUGUAAGUGCUAUAUUUUGCAUUUUACGGCCACAUCAAGUUUCGCAGCGGGGCCGCCCCGCUAAACCCACUUCGCUAGUGGCGAGGCCUAGCAAAGGCUUCGGCCGCCGCACCACUGCAGAUGGCGAACGCGCUGCUCAAUGCCGACGCCGACAAAGCCCACCAAUCGUCUACCGGGGCCCCGGAGGACGAGGACAUGGAAAUUCGCGAAUACCAAGGACUUCUUCGGGCUGCUGAGGAGAACGAAGAAGACAGUGAGCCUUGGAUCAAUGUCACCAGUCGUGCCCGUCGUCGUCGGCUGCAGACACGCUCGACCACGCCCCAACUUUCCCGAACGCCAUCGAAGCCCGUUCUCCGGCACAGCCGACCGGCGAUGCGCAAGCCCCGGCAACCCCCCCUUCCUGCCGAUGAUUACAAGUUGGCGGUUCGUCCACGGAACGGCCUGCAGCUCAACAAGGAAGAGCUAAGGGUUCCUUCAAAGAAAGACCUGGUGUGCCCGAAGGCUGCCAAGUAUGCCGAAGACCAUACGUUACGGCUGCAUCCAGUACAAAAGAAACUCAUGGAGAUCACCAAGAGUCACGUGUACGGCUCCAUGUUGGGGGACAGCUGCCAGCUGCAGUUCUUCCAGAUCCUACUCAAAACAAUGUCGGCUAAAAAGUACCUCGAAAUAGGCACCUUCACGGGUUGCAGCGCCGUGGCCGCCGCGCUGGCUCUGCCUCCGGAUGGGAAGGUGGUGGCACUCGACCUGCACGAGGACCUGGUCAACGUUGGCAGGCCGCACUGGAAGGAAGCCGGUGUGGAGGACAAGGUCGAGCUGAGGUUUGCACCGGCAGUUGAAUCCUUAGACGCCCUGCUGCGCGAAGGCCAGGCGGGCACGUUCGACUUCGUGUUCAUCGACGCGGACAAGGAAAACUACGACAACUACUACGAGAGGGCCCUGCAGCUGGUCAGGAAGAAUGGCCUCAUCGCCAUUGACAACGUGCUGUGGCGGGGCCUGGUGUACGACGCCAACGACAAUUCAUCGGAAGUGACGUCACUGCGGGCGUUCAACAAGAAACUGCACGAAGACGAGCGGAUAGAUGUGUGCCUGCUACCCAUCGCUGACGGGCUCACGUUUGCUCGAAAAAGAUGAAGCAACACGUGCGAGAGUUGACAAAGGCUUACAACGUCAACAACCACCCUAACGUCCAA